AGUCAUUGAAGUCAAGGCACCAAGAUGUAUUUUCCGACUACUCCAGUUACCUCUCGCAGUGGCUAUCUGCGCGGCCGAAAGCGCAUAAAUCCGCAUCCCAUAUCGCAACUGCAGAGUGGAAAACCGACGUCGGAAGACGACCAGGAUAGCACAAAUGUUGAUCUAGAAGAAUCAAUCAGCUCAAGCUACUCAUCGGAGACGGACAUCUCGAUGAACGUGGAGGCGCAGGACACCAGCACGGAUAGUGGUCUGGACACUAGCCAGGAGAGCAGCAACGAACCGCGCUACUCCCUUCGAAAGAUGGAUAAGAAUCCUCUUUAGUGGUUUAUUCAACUGAAUGGUCUACAUGGGUGUAAAGGAACAGCAGCAGCAGCAGUGGCAUCGGGAAAUACUUAAGCGCGAGCGAAAUAUUGAGAUACUCGGUAACGAAUUGAAAUAAAGAGUUAUCCAUAUCCAAAGUCUAGACAUCGUCGAAG